UGAUCGAAAUAAAGUCAACAAAUAUGAAAAGGAGGUUGGGUUUACUUGUACCUAAACGGUACCCUAAAGGAGAGUUUCAAUUCUUGCUAGAUUUGUUUUAAAAAAGGUUGAAAAGCUUGGAAAGCGACUGCCAAUAAGAGGCAAAAAGAAAAAAAAAAAAAAAACAAAGCAAAAGAAAUACACGCUGCUGCUGCUGCUGCUUCUUCUUCUUCUUCUUCUUCUUCAAAGCUUUCCCGCUCGCUCAGAGACAUUAAUACAAGCACUUUGACCGCAACAAAGACUUUAAUAGAAAUAUUAUUCAGAGAGAAGGAAAAUGAAGUACGUUUUGGUUACUGGAGGAGUCGUAAGUGGACUCGGCAAAGGCGUCACCGCCAGCAGCAUAGGCGUCGUCCUUAAAGCCUGUGGCCUUCGUGUUACUUCCAUCAAAAUUGAUCCUUAUCUGAACACGGAUGCCGGUACCAUGUCUCCUUUUGAACAUGGAGAGGUUUUUGUUCUUGAUGACGGCGGAGAGGUUGAUUUGGAUUUGGGUAAUUAUGAGCGCUUCCUUGAUGCUACUCUUACUAAAGAGAACAACAUUACUACUGGAAAGAUAUAUCAGUCCGUCCUUGACAAGGAACGAAGAGGUGAUUAUCUUGGAAAAACUGUUCAGGUUGUCCCACACAUCACAGAUGCUAUUAAGGACUGGAUUGAGUCCGUUGCUCUCAUUCCUGUGGAUGGAAAACAGGGCCAUGCAGAUGUUUGUGUGAUAGAGUUGGGAGGCACUGUUGGUGACAUUGAAUCAAUGCCAUUCAUUGAAGCUUUGCGACAGUUGUCCUUUUCAGUUGGGAAAGAUAACUUCUGCCUCAUUCAUGUGAGCCUAAUACCUGUGCUGGGUGUUGUUGGAGAGCAAAAAACUAAGCCUACACAGCAUAGUGUUCGGGAACUUAGAGCAUUAGGCUUGACUCCUCAUCUGCUUGCAUGUCGCUCUGCUCAGCCCUUAUUGGAUAAUACAAAAGAGAAACUUACACAAUUUUGUCACGUUCCGGCUGCCAACAUUCUAAGUAUUCAUGAUGUUCCCAAUAUUUGGCAUAUUCCUCUCUUACUUAGAAAUCAAAAUGCUCAUCAUUCAAUUCUGAAACAGCUAGAUUUACUCAGCAUUGCCACAAUUCCAGAUUUAGAAGCUUGGAACAGGAGGGCAGAAACUUUUGAUAAUCUCACUGAUUCUGUGAGGAUUGCAAUGGUGGGGAAAUAUGUUGGCCUGGCAGACUCGUAUCUAUCUGUUGUUAAGGCCCUUUUACAUGCCUGCAUUGCAUGCUCUUUGAAGCCAUCGAUUGACUGGAUUGCAGCUUCAGACCUUGAAGAUGAUAGUGCCCAAUUGACACCAGAAGCUCAUGCUGCUGCAUGGAAGACUUUAAGAAAUGCUGAAUGUGUCAUAGUGCCUGGUGGAUUUGGAGAUCGUGGUAUAAGUGGAAUGAUAUUGGCUGCAAAAUAUGCUAGAGAGAAUAAUGUUCCUUAUCUUGGCAUUUGCUUGGGCAUGCAGAUCUCCGUCAUUGAGUAUGCCAGAUCUGUUCUUGGUCUUGAAAGGGCAAAUAGUACGGAGUUUGAUGAGCAGACACCUGAUCCUGUUGUGAUUUUUAUGCCUGAAGGCUCAAGAACGCAUAUGGGAAGCACAAUGAGACUAGGAUCUCGAAGAACACUAUUCCAGACCCCUGAUUGUCUUACUUCUAAAUUGUACUGCAAUCCACAGUAUGUAGAUGAACGGCAUCGGCAUAGAUACGAGGUAAACCCGGAUGUCAUUGGGGUUCUUGAACAAGCUGGGCUGAAAUUUGUUGGGAAGGAUGAAACUGGGAAAAGGAUGGAGGUUCUGGAGCUUCCAGGUCAUCCAUUUUAUGUAGGAGUGCAGUUUCAUCCAGAAUUUAAAUCGCGGCCAGGGAAGCCCUCGGCUCCAUUUUUAGGUCUUAUAUUAUCUGCAAGAGGACAAUUGGAAGCAUAUCUUGGCAGGCAUCAAAAUGGAAGUUGAUUUUACAAGUUAUACUGAUUACAUCGCAUCUGAUUUACAAGGAGAAAAUUGAUAUUAUUUGAGGUCUUAUGCUAUAGAUAUACGCAAGGAGGUUCUUCAAGUGGAUCCUUAUUGCAAUGCACAUAUUAUGGUCAUUCAGUUCUUACCCGACUCAUUCUUUCCCAUCUGCCUUGAUCUAAAAGGAUAAUCGAGUUCUUGGUGCAUUUGACCUGAUAUUCACAGGGCAAAUCUUCAGAAUUGGUUCCAGACAAUUGUAGCAAUGUGUGAAAGUUACAACAUUCUUGACUGAUUUGAGGGAUUUCCGUUUAAUAGUGCAAGUUUUUUUUUUUUUUUUGUUUUGAAUUUCAGAACUUAUUUUCUACAUGUUGAUAGGCAUGUAGCUCUUUCAGCAACAGGUUAAAAAUAAAAUCCCUUUUUUCAUGGAUAUGUAGGGUGAGGAAAGACAGUUGUAAUCUCUUCCGAAUUGUCAUGUCGUUUCAUGUAAUUCUUCUAUCAAUGAUAACAAGUAUUUUUUUACCUCAACA